AAUCUAAGGCUUCACAGCAAUUGUUACUAAGUUCUUAUGUCAAGAAUUGACGUAAGCUCUACAGUCCAUGCUUGUGACGAAUUGAGCAUCGAAACUAGUCCUUGAGUACAGCGCUUCACUCAUCGUCUCGAAAACAGCUGGUUCCAUGGAGGUGGUCUAUCAUGAACUAUCUGCGGGAAAAGAUACUAGUUUGUCUCAGGUUUUGUCGGAGUGGAGCAGAAGAUACGAAGAAAAGUAUUCCGCUUUACAGCGUCGGUUUUCUGGAUUAUGUAGCGGAGAAAACUACGGUAUUACGAACACAUCUAGACCAAGGUCUGGGGACAUAAGACAGCCGUCGUACAACGAACUUUUGGAAGAAAUACAGAGUGCAUUGCAGCUGAAGGCAAAUCUUUCUGUUGAGUUAGAAGCACUGCAACAAAUUCGUUCGGAAUUAGAAGAUUCGGAAUGCAUGUCUGAAGUCCAUUUUCGCUUGGAACGAGCCACUGAAAAUAACCGACGUCUGCAUGCAGCUUUACAGGCGGCGGAUGAACAAAUUACAGAGCUUGUACUUAGUAAAAGGUUGCUAGAAGCUCAGAUGAAUGAGUUGCGUAAUAGUCGGGAUGCAGAACUUGUGGAAGCCAAAGAACGUGUUCGAGCAGCGGAACGUGCAGUUAUUGCUGCCACACGUAGCGUUAAUUCAUGCAAACCUGUGAGUGAAAAGGAUAAACAAACUCACUCAAAAGAACCAGGGAUUCUUAGUCAACAGAAUGUUAUUUCAAAUCCAAGCCAACCUUUCAUGCCUUUAGCUUUCAAGAAACCUCUACAGAAUCAUUCUAGAAAUUACACAACAUUGACUGCCUUUUCUUAUGACGAUUUCGAUUCAUUGGAUGAAGACACAGAUGACGAAACUGACAAGCAUUUAUGCGAAAGGACGGCUGCUGUCGAUUUGGGCGAAAAUAAUCUAGAGCUCCCUGUAGGAAAUAAAGAAUCGAAUGUAGAGGCCGAAAAAGAAAUCUCCAUCCCUGCAAAUAAUGAUGCAAAUAUUCGACAUAAUCAAGAAUGUCCUAUGGAAUCAUCGAUGGAAGAUGUUUUCUCCAAAGAUAUGGAUAAUGUAACUUCACCUAGUUCGCCUUCUUUCGUGGGAGAAGUAUUGGAUUCAGUGUCUCCAGCACUAUCUAGUACACCUAGAAAAUCAUUGCCAAAUGAAACUGUCGUUACUCCAUUCAGUUGUGCUAAUCUAUCCGAUUUAACAAAUGAUGUUUUAGGAUGGAAUAGUGAUUUGAAAGCCACACCAUACAUAAAACAAGAAGAAAAAGAAGUAAAUGAAGUCGUAUCAAAAGUGGAUUAUUUAAGAUUAUUAGAUGAGAUGGAGGAACUUCGUCAAGAACUAGAUUUACUACGUCAAAAUGCUCAACUUUCACAAUUAUCACAUAGUAAUAUUCCAAAACCAGUUAUAAACAAUAGCACGCAUUUAACUAGUGAUAACAAGCUUUACAAACCCGGUUUAACAACUCAAUUGUUGGAGUUAAAAGAUGAGUUGGUUUCAACUUCUAAUGAACCUUCUUCACAAAAACCAAGUAGUUUACUACCAACAUUACCUCCAGGAUCAACUCGGUUAUAUGACUGGUCUUUAAAUAAGAGUGAUUUACAACUAGAAAAUGAAAUGAGUGCAAAUAACUCCAGUGACUCUGAAACUAGUACUGAAAAACCUACUCCUGUUAAAACAUCUUUAUCUCCUUGUGAACAUUGUAUAGAGCUUCAAGCAAAAAUUAUGGCUUAUGAAGCUAUACAUGCAGCACAAGAAGAUUUCUGUACAGAAAAAAUUAUUGAACAAUCAAUAUUGAAUACAGAAGCUGGUACACAAUGCGAUGAGACCCUACAAGAAGCUGAUAAUACAACUGAAAAUUACAAGUUAUUGCAUAUACCAAAUAAUGACAUAUUUACACAGACAGAUCCUGAGGUUAAAAAUGUAUUAUCACAUUCUGUCUAUUUACAAACUGAUCCCAAUCUAACAGUGAAUGGUGAUGAUCAAAUUAAAAAUUAUACAGUUUGUCUAGAAUUUUAUCAUAAAAUGAUUUUGUCCAUAAUUGAUGUCAGUACAACAUUGAAACAUGAGUUAACUGCACGUAUCAAUGAUCAAUAUUCAUGGAUGAAUAAUGAUUUAUCAUUGAAUUGUGAUAUGAAAAAUAGUGAACAAGAGAAAAAGAAUGAAUUAAAAGGUAUAGAUUGAUAAUUUGUUGAUUUAUGUCAUGCAGUUUUAUGUUUUUAUUGUAUUAUUAAUUAAAGUAAUCUUUAUUUAUAUCGACAUGAGACUAUAAUGAUAUAUUGUGCUUGUAACAUUCAGCAUAAAGUCGUCAGUUAGUUGUGAGCGACGUCGUAAAAUUUCGUAUAUAAGUAUGUUAGCGCUAUUUAAUUCAUGUCAGUAUAUCAGUAUAUCAAGAUGAAAUGAUCAAAAUGUAUACCAAAGUAGUAGAAAUAAUAAUAAUACUGGUGAUGAUAAAAAAUGACCAGAUAUAGAGAAUAUGAUUAGGGAAGAAUGAAUGAAUUUCACGGAAUAAAAGGUAAAAGAUAAUUCUAGGAAGUCUAGAUCUUCAAGAAUUCAAAGAUUGAAAUCAUCUGACCGUUUCAAUCGAUUCUAAAUCAAUGUCCUCAAUCAUUUGUUACGGUAAUCGUUUGAACCUAAUAUUCACUUUCAUGUUAGCUAUUAUGAAAACAUAAAAUUUCUUAAUAUAAAAUCCAAAAUUUUCUCACAAUUAUUAUCAAUAAAAUCUAAAAAUUGUCUUUUCUAUUGUUCACUUUCUUUAAUCUAUUAAAAUAAUUCCAUGUUAUGAAUUGUUCACAUUAUGACGUAUAAUUGACAAUUGAAGUAGUAAUGGAAUUCAGUUUAUAUUCAGUAUGUGUUUACACACGCGAAUAAAAUGGAAUAACACUUAAUUUGUUAUAUUAAACUACUACCUUAUAUUCAAUGUUAUUAUUCUUUCUAGAUGAAGUGUCGUUCUUUGAAUUAGAUGGUUUAGUCGUGAAACAUUCAUUGUCCUUUUGGACAAUAUCAGCCAUUCUAUGUUCAUUUACUGAUGAGUGUAUUAUUAUUAUUCACAUUUACAUCUGAUCGACAUUUCUUUCCAAGUUUAAUUCGUAAAAAUAGCAUUGGAAAAUAUCUCCUACUUUCACUAUCGACAAGUAGUAUGCAUCACUAAUGAUCACUUACGUUAUAUUUAUUUUAUAAAUAUGUUCGGAAAACUUUAUGAGAAAAGCUUUCGCCUGGAAGUAUCCAGGUGGUUCUGUAGUGAAUUAUCCAGUAGCUUGAUUUGGUAACGAUGUAAGGUGAAUUCUUAGUUGAUUUCUCCAGUUAAAUAUACAUUGUGCAGUAGCUUCGUUGAGAAAUGUUUCUACAUCUAUUAUGUAAACUGUUUCCUUUUCUGUUCUACACAGUAACGUAUUCUAAAUUUACUUAAUUCGUUAAAAGAUCAUAGUAACAAUAAUGUUGCUAUUUUUAGCGUUUGUAAUCAUUUCGUUCGGUGGCAUUAAGAUUUUCAUCCACUGAUUUUCAGUUAGUAUAUAACUCAUAAGUUGUUAAUAGUGAUAAACUCAUAUAUUACAUGUUCAAACACAGAGCAAUUGAGUUUUAAAUGAUCUAACCUGCUUCAUUUACAUUGAACCCUCAUCAUUCUGUUACACUUGGAUACUUCCCUUUGUGCUCUCAUAUGUUUUAUUCUAAUUUAUUUAUUCUCCUCCCCGUUUCUGCCUUGAUUCUGUUUCGAUAUAGAAUAUUAUGCUUGCUUUUGCUUAUAGAUAAUUAAAUGAAAACGUUUUUCUCUAUUCCUAAAUACUUUCAUACAUUUACGUUUUACUGUGUUUCUUAGUCAUUCUUUGUUUGUAAGAGUAGGAUAAACUUUUAUCAUGAAGUGACUUAUUUCUUAGAAUUCAUUCAUCAUAUUCUCCUCUACUUUCUCUUUAGUUCAACUUAAUGAUUACUUGAAUGAAUGUGAUCAUUUACUGGUUACCAAUGUUAUAUGCGAUACAAAAUAUUUAGAUCAUUUCCGAACAGAUUGCAAGUUUUUAACGUGUAGGUUGAUUUUAAUAUUUUAAUAAGUAGAAAUUUUCUUUAGACGAUUUAUUAUUAUUUUUAAUAUAAAAGAAUGAUAUCAGAUUGAUGGAUAACCAAAUGUAAUUGUUCAGUACUUGUUGUGAUAUUUUGUGUUUAAAUAGGGGAUAGGGAAUAAUGAGUAUUUUAAUUGUACUUUUGUUGGUUUACAUUGGUGUUGUAGUGCAAAACUUUAGUUUUUAUUUUGGUCGAAUAAAUUCUUAUCAGUUGAAUUUAUGAGUCGAUUUAAACUAGACCACCAUUAAAAACCUAGAAACACUGGAGGGCUGUUUCGUCCUAGUAUGGGACUCUUCAAUAGCGCGCAUCCUGCAUGCAGGAGUCAUUUAAUAUUAUUGCAAUCUCCACAAAGCUCCGUUUUUAUAAUAAUCAUGUGCUCACUAGUGACUAGCAUCAACAUGUAUUUCCUGGAGUUCUAGUAAGAAGUUGUGACCAGUUGAGUCCAAUCUGUGUCGGGUAGAGACAGGUAUCUACCUCAGACAGUGGGUGAAUGGUUGCGCAAGAUUAUGGGCCGAUUGAAGUUAGAUAUUAACACCAUUAGAAGCCGGCUCACUGAUCUAGAAAUUAUGCCUUCGCUCUCUAGACCGAAGGUCCUGGGUUUGAGUCCCGCAUGCGGGAUCAUGGAUGCGCACUAUUGAAGAGUCCUAUACUAGGACGGAACAUCCGUUCAGUGUUUCCUGAUUUUCAAUGGUGGUCUAAAUCAGAUCCACUCAUGAAUCCAACGAUUAUGCCAAAUUUUCGUUCAUAAAAAUCUGAAAUUAGCGCUAUUGUAAGGUUGAAAUAAUGUACUCUAAUAGAUGAAAAGUAAGGUGUCAGAGUGUUUAAAAAAACUAUUUUUAACAAUUGUUCAUUUUCUUGAACACCAGACAGUGUCAAAUGUCUUUUUGUAGUUUUCUUUGUGCUAUGAUAUUAAAUUAUUUAUUCAACGAUAACAUUGGUUUACAAAUUGUUAGAUAAUCUUUCCAUUCAAGGUAUUCAAGAUAAUCAGUUACUGAUUGGAAUAAUAUUAUUUAUAUCUCAUGUAAUAAAAAAAUAUAUUAAAUACUAAGGUUUGAUUUAGUAAUUUUGAGUAAAUUAAGCAUUGGUAGAUUGUUAUAAAUAAAUAAUAUAUUUGUAGUAUCCCAAAUGAGAUUUUCUGACUUUUAAAUGUUUCAACGGAACAACAUGAAUAUUAUGUGAUCAAUCAAAAAACAGGUCUGAAUAAAUCAAUGUCAUGUCAUUUCCGUUAUACUAUUUAAACUUGGACUAAUUUUAGUUUGGUUAUUUAUUCUCUGAAGAAGUGGCUUGUACUAAGUGACGAAACGUCAGAAAAUCUAAUUUUUCUACUCAUUGGGAUAUUACAAAUAUAUUAAUUUAUUCAUAUUAAACACUGUUAUGUCAUUUUAACAGCUUUCAAAAAGUAUUUCUACUUUGAUUCAUAGAAAAAAAACAUAAUAUCAAAGCCAAUGUUUUAAUUCAUAUCAAUGUUGUUUUUAUCAUUUAAUGAAAAAAGGAUUGUUUUAAUAAAUGCUGGUUUGUGUAAAAUCAUAUCUAAUGCUAAUUCUAUUUGUGGAUACUUUGAGUUGUUAUUAUUAUUAUUAUUUUAAAGCUUCGAUACUAUUGCUGAUUAUUGUAAAAUGUUUAAUGAUUGAAACGCAGUAAUGGGUUAAAUCUAUGCAAUGUGACAAUCUCUACGAGUCUAUUAUUAAUAAUAUAAAUAAAUAAGAGCUCAAACAUCAAUUUUCUCUUAUGCGCUUUGAACAUAGUUUUAUUAACUUUCACUAAAAUGUGUGUAUACCAAUAUUGCUUUCUUAAUGUUGUUUUUCUAUUCUGUUUGAGUAUUUAUUUUGGAUGGGAUUUUAAAAUUGGUUUUUAUUUGUCGUUUUAUUUUUGUUUUCCCGGUACUGAAGUUAUUUUUUGAAUUUAUUAUUGUCAGAAUUUGUUUGAAAUUGUUAUGUUUUGUCAGAUGUUAUAUUAAGUUUAGAAUGACCUUAAUUGUAAUAUGUUAAGACUGCAUAUACCUGAUGUGGAGUUGGGUUCGAAUCUUAUUUAUUUAUUUGAACACAGAAAUAUUGGUACAAAGGAACACUGAAUUUCUAUGCGUCACAUAAGUCACUUAUUUUGUGUGUGGGCUACGAUACUGCCCAGGUGCCCAGACCAAAACAGGUGGUUUUCUUAGGGGGCCACACACGGAGCCUUCGACCUAAAGGUCUGAUCCAUAAAGCGGUGGAGCAUCGUAAGGAGAUGCAGUUCCAUGGUAGCUGGUGACCCACAAUUGGUUCAUACGCCAUUUGUUCCCUUAGGGUACUGCAGCCCAUGUGCACCAUUAGUUUGAAAUCAGGGCUUUCCAACUCCCCUAGGUGGAUCCUGUGUGUCCAGCAAUCCGGUUAAAGUGCCGGAUAUUCGCUUUUUGUCCUCUCAAUUUUGUAAACAACACCCCCGCCACGAGAUGGCUGUGUGUAGGACUUCCAUGGCAGUGUCUGCUUACGCAUGGCCACGUGAGAGUAUUUGGAGUUUGAGAGCACACUCCCCAUCCUCGGCCGUAUCAGGGGGAAAGUUCGAAUCUAAAAAUUACAGGUUGGAAUCUGAGUGGUUUUCUUCUAAGCUACUACUUUUAUAGGGAUUUAUGUGUACAGGUCAAUAUCGCAGGUAUUCUGUAGUCAUUGUUUUUUAGCAGUUGUUAUUGAAAAAUAUGAUCAUAAGUUAUUUGUGAAUACACUCUUAAGGUUUUCAGUUGAUAUAUUACUUCUGAAAUAGUAUGCUAUCUGUGCAAGUUCCCAUCAUAAAUUAUUAGUCGCACCUCUUUAAUGUUCGGGGAAAUGCUGCUUUUUGUCUAAAUUAAGCUUAUUGACUGCAUUAUAGAUUCACCAUUACACCACUUUUACUAUAACAUGCAGGAUAGGGUUUCUCGACAAAUCGAAGUGAUAAUUUUGGGACGUUUCUUGUGACUCAGAAUUUCUUUUAAAAUUUUAAAACCUUCAGUUUUUCAACCAUUAUUUACGAAGACUAAACAGCGUACCUCAGUUGUGUGAGCGUACAUAAUACGUAUAUUGUUUACUCUUCUCAAACAGCUAUAUUUGGGCAGUUGUUGCCUGAAAUAGAUCGUCUUCUCACGUUAUGUAAAAUUGGAUGUGAAAAACUAAUUGAAUCAACAGAUAUAUCAAAAUUAAAUCAAGUUGAUGUUGAUAUUGAAAACUGUGAACUAGUUCGUAAUCUUCGUGAACAGUUACUUACUGCUCAUCAGUUGUUAACUGAAAAAUUACCUGUAGAUACAAAGAUUGCACUUUUGGAAACAUCUCAAAUUGUUGAAACAGAACGUAUUCAAUUGCAAGCUGAAAUGGAUCGUCGACUUUCAGAAUUUGAACGGAAUCAUACUGCAUCAUUGGUAGAGUUGGAGACAAAUCGACAUGAUCUGAUGCAACAACUUGAUGAAAUGGAAUUAAUUAAUCGUGAAUUAAAAAAUGAAAUAUUCUCAGUUCAACAAAAACUUCAAGCUAAAGAGAAAUUCCUCAAUGAGCAAAUAGAAGAAAGAGAACUAGAACGAGAGGAAUUCCGUAUCGAAUUAAAUCGUCUUAAAAGUGAACUUGAAAUGAAAAAAUCACAGGUGAUGUCAUAUAAAUUAGUGGAUACUAGUGAUACAGAUUCUUGUACUACACCGUUGAGUAUAAAAGAAACAGGACAAAAUAACUUCGUACCUCAUUGGAUAUCUGAUUUAAAAAUGGAACAUUUAUGUCCAAAUGAUUCUAUCAAACCAAAUAUUCAAACAUCUGUACAAUCUAAAUCACGGGAUAUUGUAUCAUGGAGUAAACCUAGUGAUUCUGAUGAUGAUAUAUUAAGCGGAAAUAUAAACAAUUCAAUAACGCAGAAUCAAUAUAAAUAUGUUGACCAACAAAAUGAUUGGCAACCUUAUACAGUUCCAACAAUCAAUAAGCACAGUAAUUUCAUUGAUUCCGAGACAAAUAAAUCUGAAAAUUACGACAUUCAAAAUUAUUCAGAUGAGAUUGAUACCAAGCAAGUAAAAGUAAUUAAUGAUUCUAAUGCUUAUAUACAACAGCAUCAAGUGAAUUUAUGUGAUGCUUGUACGCAGGUUGAAGUGAUCAAGUUUGAUAAGUUUGUAGAAGCAACCAUUGAUUCUGUUGAUAUGGAGGUGCAGAUCGCUAUUGAUGAUGAGGUUAAAGAACUCGGAACAGCGGUAUGUUUCAAUGUAUUACAAAAUAAAUGUGUAAAUUUUCCUUAUUCUACUCAUUUACACAUCAUAGUUCUUGGAAGCGAAACUAAAUAACUUUGUUGUUAAUUCAGAGUGCUUGUAAGCAUACUUAACAAUCUCCGUUUCCACUUGAGACAGUGUAAAGCACUCACUCCUUACUCAAUAAUAAUAAUGAUAAUUUUAGGAACCAUUUUAGUGAUAGAUAAUCAGAAUUUUACAUGGUCUACCUCGCUUGGUUUUGAUCCACAUUUCAUAUGAUGACUGAUGAUACUAUUCGACUGUUCAAGCCCCGGUUGAUAGAGCCAGGUCUAAAUUUGUGACCUAUUGAUUGAAAGUUGAGAACCUUGACUACUGAGCGUUUAUUUGCGACUCUUUGGCUGGAUUUAUCAGCGUCAUGAAUUCCACUGUCAUCCAUGAUCCAAAGAUAGAAACGUUUUAACAAAGACUAUUGCGAUAUCCAUUCAGAAUACAGAUAUCCCGGCAGAGACUAAUUAGUUGGAAUCAACAAUCGAAAGAUACAAAUUCUUAAGACGAAGUUAUCAGUACGGGAUUUUCAAAUGUUCAUAUUUAACACAACAAUAGUCUUCGGCGUUCUAUUAUCAAAUGACUUUAUGGUGUAUUAUAAAUGGUUAUAAAUUAUCCUUUUUCUCAAAACUCCCUUCAACCUUGAAUAUCCCCAUAAAUAAUCGUUUGUAAAUACAACAUAUGAUGUAAUUGAGCAAUUUUUGUGAUUGAUUCGUUUUACUCAUUCAAAUGAUUUCUGUCUUACAUUUCCCUACAUUAAUUACUCCCAUCAACUUAAAAAUGUUUAUUAUUCGCGAUGAUUCAAGUAGUAUUUCUCACCACAGAAAAAACAAUAGUUUGGUAGUGUCAUCAUUUAUCACAUACUUGUUUUUUUUUGUGAAUUAUUUACUCUUUAUUAGGUUAUUGAUAAGUUACUGUGACAUUUGAAAUACUAAUCUUUAAUCUUUUUUUUUCAAAUGUAUGUCUCGUUUAUUAAUGAGUUUGUAGGUCACAAUAACAAGGUUGGACGUGAUAUAGUAUCAAAUAAAUUGAGUUUUGAGUAGAAUGUUAAUCUUAUAUAUAUGUUUCGUGAUAUCUCAAUAAGUCACUUCUUCAGAAUAGAAGUGACGUGCGUUAAGUCUCCUUUGUUUUUUUGUUUGGUAAAGUCAAAUUUAAUGCAAAUAUUUUACUACUUACAUUUAUCUAUAUGUUACUGCUUAACACUAGCUUGAAUUGUGUUCGUUAGACAACCGACUUGAUAAACACUUGACAUAGAUUAUUUCAUGAAGUCUGUAUGUAAGAUAUCGGUUUUUAAAGUUUCUAAUUACAUUUAGCCAUCACUUAUCAUCAAGUUGAUUAUAAUGACAAUUGAUCUAACCGUUAAUUACGUAACUUCGUUUCCUCCAUAUGGUCAUACUGUAAGCUCUGGUCAAAAGUGUUACAAAUUGUGGCCUGUGCUCCCUGUUAAUGUAUAACGUAAAGAUACCGCCAUUUGGAGAGCAGUGAAUUACUGAUCGGACCGAUGACGUGUAUGACCUGUACGAGCAGUCUAGAGUCUUGAUUGGUCCUGCUUUUCUCCUAGCCCAGACAGUUGAGUCCAGAACACCAAUCUCAGCCUCUGCAAUAUGAAUCAUUUAUUUCAAGCAUACUGGGUUUAUAUACCAACCAGACAAACCGCAUUGUACCAUAAAAUAUGAAACAACAUUUGUACAAGAAUUAGCCAAAAGUGGCUGUGAAUGAGGGAGGUAGUAAUUAAUAGCAUAAUUCGAUAAUGGUAAGUCGUAUAAUAAUAGUUUAUGGGUCAAAAUAAAGCUUAUGAUAAGAGGAACAUGAAUAUGAAUUGUUUAGUUACAUAACAAUUAUACGAUAAAAAUAUACACAUAGUAUUGGUCCAUAAAUGGAUCCCAAAUUUACCAUUGAUUAUGCAUAUCGGAGCAUAACAAAAAGUAAACCAUAUCUCUGUUAAUUGUAUUAUAAAAGCUAAUUCAUAGAUUACAAAUGCAACAUGAUUUUCUAUUGAUGGUCAACAAAGCUCCUAUAUAAAACUAAUAUUUAUACUUCAGGCUUGUACAAUUAUUCAGUCAAUUUGUAAUAUUUCAUAACCAGUAUGAUGACAGUCUUCUAUCAUUAGGUUCGUACUGAAUGUUCCGUGGUUUUAUUACUAUCAACCUUCAACAUUUCACUGUUUUCACAUUAAUCGUAAUGUUUUCUUCCUAUAUUUUCAAAAUACAUGUAAUUCAAUCGAACCGGAUUUGUCGUACUUAAUAUUCGGUGCUUGUUUUAUAACACAUAAUUGAUAACGGGUUAAAAGUGCAUUCUUUUUAAUUUUCAGAACUCACGUGAACAACUAAAUUUAAUACCAUCAAAUCCUAACGAUAAUAUAAAUCAUUCGGAUAAUACCCGUUAUUCUAAUCAACCUACUCGAACUACAAAAACAACAACUCGUUCUCGUACCUGGAAUACAACUUCAGCCGCUGCUAUACUUAGUCAUAUUGUUGUAAAAGAAGAGGAAGAAGAAUCAAUUGUGACUAUUGUAGAUGAAUCAGAUACACCUAACAAUAGUACAAUCAAUAAUAAUAAUCAAAAGUUUUAUCAAGAUCAAAUUGAAAAAUGUAAAUUGGAAAUUUCCAAUUUAAGAAAACAACUUGAUCGAAUAAAUACAUGCCAAAAAGAAAUGGAACAAACGAAACAAUCAUUGGAAUUUAUACAACAAAAGCAAGAUAAAGGUAUACAAACUAUGGUGUUUUGUCCAAAUCUAUCUAACGAUGUCAGGUUAAAAACCUCACUAACUCAUCAUAUUUCAUCAUCUAUUCAUAGAAUGCAUCAUCGUUCUUUACCGGCUUUGUUCUCACCAUCAUUCUCUUCAAAUAAUGAAGACACUGGUGUAGAAAUGUCUCAAGGUCUUUUAGACUUAGAGAGUAUUGAAUCUACAACUCCAUCAACUGCAAAAUCACCAAUUAUUCAAGAUUUAAUUUUAAUGAAACAUGACAAAUGUUCUUCUCCCGAAGAUGAAAAUCUGCAGACUUUGAUGGGAUCUCCUAUUUCUGAUAAAGAUGAUGAAUUGGGAAAUGAAAUUCCAGAGAUAAUGCUUUCAUCAGAACAUCUGGAUGUUACUCCAAGUUCAUGUGUUUCAGAGAACGCUUGUUGUAAAAUUCCUGAUUCCGUUGACUCUGAUCCUCAAACUAUAUGUGCUAUAUCCAACAGUAAUGUUGAAAAUCCAGGAGCUGUGGUUUCAUUGUCUGAGGUUUCAACGUUAAUUGAACAGCUUAUGGAAUCAGAGGUUCUUAUUAAAGCACUACGUAAUGAAAUUAGUGGUCUUACAAAAUACCAAAUUGAAUUACAACGUGAUUAUGAUGCUGUACAUGAAAUGUUAGAGGAGCGUCAAAAUGACCUUAUUCGAGUAACAGAACAGCUGCUUGAAACAGAGAAUAAAUGUAAAAGUCUUAGCAAUCCAAUGUCAGAGCGGAAAGAUGUUAUUUUAGAACGAGAUGAAGACCUGUUCCUUCUCAGUGAAGAUAAAAAAUCUUUGGAAUUAAAAGUUACUCAAUUAGAAUUGGAAAUUGAAGAAUUGAAAGCUCAAGUAAAAUAUAUUGACCGUGAUAAUCUUGUGUCUUCUGCAAUUGUACAAACGGAUUUGACGAGUUCGACAAAAAUGGUUCAAACAGAUGAUAUCCCUAUUUCACUUGAAAAUCAACCUUCUGUAUAUUCUGAUCCGAGUAAAGAUGUAAAACUGAAUAUUCUAUAUGAUCGUAAAAAUUUUCAUCCUAAUAUUGAACAAGAACAUAUUCAUCAAAUAUGGGCAACAUCUACGCCUAAGGAAGAAGAAUCACCUAACUCAACAUUUUUAUCAGAGGAGAAUGAUGCACUUUCAGGAGCUGUCUCAGCUGAGCUCAAUAUUUUAUCUAAUCGUUUAAGAGAAGAGAGUGUUCGACUUGCAACAGUGACUGCAAUCGCGACUGCUCGUCAGUCAGUUUGUGAUCGACCAGGAAGUAUUUUAAUUAGUAAAACAAAUGAUAAUGAAGAAACUACUAUAAAGGUAGAAUAUAAUGAAUGUGCCCCUUGGAUUAUUGAAAUUCGUAAUUCCUAUUUUGAUUUGAAAGAAGCAGUUAAUGAAGUGACCAAGAUUAUACAUAACAAUCCAUGGAUUAAUAAAGACCAGUCUACCUUUGAAGAUAGUGAAGAAACAGUGAGAAUGUUUAUGAAUCGACUUUUAGUUUCAUUAACUAAAGCUUUGGAUACCGAUGAAAAACUUUGGAUUUCAGUAAUCACUUCUUCGAUUAAUCAAACUUGUGAUAUACUUCGAAGUAGGACGUUAUCAGUUCCCAAUCCAGGAGUGCAAUUACCCACAGAGAAUAUUUUGUGCCAAAUUAUACAACAUUUGACAGAACGAAUAUCAGCUUUUAUGCGUCGUGAAGAUGAGUUUCGUAAAUGUCUUAUUGAUGUUCUUCAUGUAGAAGAAGCUUCAUUUAAAUCCGAAUUGAAAACCCAUGUUAAUCGUUCUGAUGCUUUGGUCGGCGAAAUGAAUCGUUUGACCAAAGUUGUAAGUUCGUUAUCAGAAGAAUUAAAUAAUGCAAAUAAUCGAACUAAUGAAAUGCAAGGUCAAUUGUGUGAUUUACAAGUUGAUCUUGUUCAUACACAGCAUGAAUUACAAUUGAAGGAAGAUGAAGUUCAGCGUCAACGAACUAAUGUUGAACAGUUAAGAUUACAAUUAUGUAAAGAAAACACACAAACAGAGAAAUUUCGUACGGAACUUGAAACAUUACAGUCAGCUAAGAUUCAAGCUGAAAAUGAAUUGUCAUCAUCAAAUAAUUUAAUUCAAGAAUUGAAAAUAUCAUUAACAAAUGAAAAGAAUCGAGCUCAGUCAUUAAAAAUUGAAUUGGAUCAAUUAUAUGACCAAAUUAGGAAGAACACUUAUCAAACUACACUAAUGCCAAAUAAUAUUAAUAAUAAUUAUGUUAUUGAUGAAAAUAUAACUACGGCUAAUGAAAAUAAAGCACCUAAUGAGUGUUCAUCAAAUCUUAAUCAACGUGUCUAUGAAGCGAUAAAUCUCGCUACAAUUCAUUUAGCAUCUACUCGACGUGAUACAAUUAAAUUACAAAAUCAAGUCAAAGAAUUACAGACGACUGCUCAUGGUUUACGCUUAAAUCUCGCCGAAGCAGAACUUCGUCUUAUGCCUACUUUGACAUCUGUACUGCCAGGUACUUUUAAUCUUUCAGGUAUUAAUAAUACAUCACAAUGUUCCAUGAUAAAACAAUCAGCUACAAAGAAAAAAUCGCCUGUUUGUGGAGAUCAGUCAGAAUUGACAAGUGCCAAGUUUACUAAACUAAAAAAUGUUUGCGUAGAUUUACUAUCACGCGUUGCAGUGGAUGAACGUAAUGAUUAUCUACAAAAGGGUGAUGAUAAUGAUGAUCAUAAUUCUGAUUCACAUUCAUCAGACGAUGAUAGUAUUGGAGAGAAUAUUUUCAUUGGAUCUGGAAUCAUAAAUUCUUUAAAUCGUGGUGGUGGUUAUCGUUUAGAUGCUGAACGCGACGAAUCCUCAUUGAAUAAUGGUAAUAAUAACUGUGGCAUACUCAAUAAAGGAUCUUACAGAUCUAAUAAGGCAACUAACAGACGAUCUACUGAUACUCUAAAUAAUUCACUCCAGUCUACAUCUGACAGUCACGUGAAAACUAUAAAUAUGGCAAAUUCGAAUAAGAUAAAUAACUCUGUCCAAACUUUACCCAUUAUGACAACUAAUGUAAUACCGUCUUCACCAAGUGUUCAUAUUAAUCAAACUGUGUCUAUGGAACAAUAUUUCUCGCUAUACGUCCGUUUUCUUCGUGCUCAAAGCUAUCGUCGUUCACUAUCAUUCCAAAAACAUUAUUUACUUCUUCUUUUGGGUAAUUUUCAAUAUACAGAAAAUGUAGUAGUUGCAAUUCUUGGAUGUCCUGAAUCUCGGGGCACCUCACAAACAGAUCCUAAAAAUAGAUCUUCACAAGUGAACUUAAGCCCACUCCGAAGAUUUCGUACCAUAGGUCGUGUUUUCCAAGUUAUUCAUAGAAUGAAACUUUUAGUCAAUAAAUGGCGACGUUUAGAUAUACCCUCUAUGGAAUCAACUCCUAUUAAUAAUAAAAUUUUAUAUAUGCAUACAACAACUCCAACUUCAUAUUAUGCACCACCAUUCCAAAAUAGGUCAUUUAGUUCCACUUUAGAUCGUAACAACCGAAAUAAUCGAGUUCCUAACGGGUCUUUACGAACACCUUUGAAAGAAUUACAUGCGGAAGAAUCCAACAAUACAUAUUCAUCUGUACUACAAAAUUCUUCUCUUUUCAAUGGAAAACAAUGUUUAUCAAAUUAUCCGGUUCAUACUCCUAGAUUGUCACAAAUUCAAACUUCACCCAGUGGUUACAGUUCAUUGUUGGAAAAUCAAACAAUCUCUACCGGUUCUUCACAUCGGCGAUUGAUCUCAUCUACCACGUCAAACCCCGGGACACACAACCAACCAGUUUGAUGCACAAAAUAUUCGACCAAGAGUACUGUCAAAUUACAAAAUUACAAGCGUAUAAUCACAAAAUAAACCAAUUUUCGGUUCUUUGCUACUUAUCUAACUAUGUAUGUUAUAUUCUUUAUUCACAAAUACUUUAUUUCUUAUGGCGUUUAUAUAUAGAAUACUUUCUCCCUAACUACAUUGAAAUUAUCCACUAUGUACUUUAUAUCUAGUUCAACACAGUUUUUAUAUUUUAAAUGUUUCAGGCAACCAUAUUCAUCAUUUAAUCUAUCAACAACAACAAAAACGCCAACAACAAUUGCAAUCACUCGACAACUUCCUGUUACCUAUAUUCCAAUUAAUAAAUCAAAUUUUUCUUAUGAUCGUCCAUUUACUAGAAAUUAUCAUCAACAAUCUUCUUCAUCUUCAUCUAGUCUAUCUAUUGAGAAUCGACAUCGUGUUUCUUCAGUUUCCUCUUCCAUUUUUUGUCGAGUCGAUUCCAUUCAAACACAGACAUUACGAACUUCAAGUCAUAAUCAUCAUAGCAGAAAUCAAAUUAUCAGUACAAAUAAACGUCCUAGUUUUAGCUAAUUGAUUAGUUAUUCUUAUUAUUUGUUUUUGAAUGGAAUCCGUUGACGUACAAUCACUGUGUAUAUCCGAAUAUAAUUAUAGGCAAGUUGUAUAAUAUAGUGGAUUUUAUUUUCAUUUUUAUGAUUUUUUGAAAUUCUUCUAAUCUUCUCUCUUUGUUAUUUUACAAUCUUCAUCCAUCUGCUCAUUCGGUUGUUCAUUUAUUUGUUUUGAGAACUUUUUUUUUAAAGAAGUAAAUCUUAUUCUGUUCUCAGAUUAUGUUUUUUUCUAAGAUGAAAAUAUUGCAUAUUAUGUAUGUAUUAAUACUACUAUUAUUAUCAUUAUACGUAUGAGUGAUGAUGAUGAUGAUGAUGAUGAUACAACUAACGCGACGCAUUUAGUGUGUUCUCUUUUUAAGAAUUAAAUAAACAUCUAUCUAUCUAUUUUACUGUGUACCAAUUGACCAUAUGAUUCUAUUUUGUUCAAUAAGUAAACUAUGUUUAUGAACAAAGAUAUAGAACAUUAAUGUUAAACCGAUUAUGGGAAUAUCCCAUUAUUAUGAAUUUAUAUGUUAUUACUAUUAUUAUUAUUAUUAUUAUUAUGAAUAUUCAAUAAUUGAUACCGUUGUCAAUCUAGCCAACUUUUUUUAUAAAUUUUCAUUAUCGAACCUAAUACAUGAGAUUUUUAAGUGCUCUAUGUUAUUAAUCUGUUUUCCAGAUGUGUACAGUACUCGAUUUAUAUAUCUAUCUGUGUAAACUAGUUCUUUGGUUAGUUAACUCUCCCUUUGUGUACAAAAUUUACUACCCUUCAAUUGUAUAAGAAAUAUAUAACUAAAUCUGAGAAAACCAUGUUUUUAUUAAUAACUCAAAAAUUUCAAUGCAACUUAAUUUUAAGUACGUGAACUUAUCCUUGGUAAAUGAGUCACAUACACAGUCUUAUGGUAAUACAAAUGAGGUGGAUGUUCGCCAGUUUCAUUAAUUUAACCAGAAUCGAUACACGGUAUUAUGGUUUUAGUUCUAAUCCAGCUUCCUUGUAAAUAAUUAUUCGAAUAUAUACUUCCUUUCAUUGCAUGUUAAGCUUAAUAACUUUGUUUUGAAGACGCCAGUGAUACUACUGAUAAAAAUUUCCUAAAAUGAUCUAAUUAUUAGAUCGAUUUCAUCAGAUCGUUGUAGUGGACCUACGUCCACUGUUUUAAAAUGAGUGGGUUACUUAGUCCCACAAUUUUUUAUAUUGAAUUGUUAACAACUGUAUGUACUUUUAUGAAUUUUAUAUUAAAAAGUAACAAGCCAUUCGGAUAACAAAUAUAAUACCCUAAACAUUAUAAGCAAAUAUGGAUGGUGGCUAGUAAUGGAAUCCAGGACGUGCGUGAAACGUUCACGACCUUUUGUAAAAUUUAAAAGAGUUUAUUUAUUGCAUCUAUUACAUUCACUAAUUUCGUAACUUAAGUAUCACAUGAAUUUCUACUCUAGUCAAAAUAAACGUUAUCAUUUAUUUUCUUCAAUAAAAAGCUGUCAAUAUCUAAUAAAAACACCAAUUAGCUACAACGUAGGACCAGGCACAUUUAUAAAUCAGUUCAAGUUGCCACACUUCAUUGGCACACAAAGAUAAACAUCAAAUUCAUAGCAGUAGUUACUUCAGUGGUAGUGAUAAUUAAAAAAAGAUUGCAUAUACGAAUAUAAUACAAGGAAAAAAAUUAGUUCAUAGUUCGGCUUGGGUAAUACAUGUCCCAACCAUUUCAGUCGAUGUAGAUUGACAACUCCAUCAACUGAUUUACCAUCAUUCCCUAAUAUUCUAAUUCUAACCCCACUCUUACAUGGUGAUCCCAGCAGAUGCGAGCAAUAUUUCUAAGAAAUAUGAGAUCAAAUGUUAGUAACUUGCGAAUAUCUCUUAAUGGCCACGUUUCGCAGCCGUAAAGUAAAACAGAACGAACUGCUGCACAGUAUGCUCAUUUCAGAGUAUAUUCGUUUGAG